AUGGUUCUCGCCAUGCUGGGGGCUCUGUACCCCAGGGCCAGACUGACCCUGUUCUUCCUCUACCUUGUCCUGGCGGCCGCACUCCUUCGCCCCCAGCCCCUGAGGCCUCAGCGAUCCGUUCCUGAGGAGUUUUCGGCCCCCUUGGAACUCUCGGAGCCGCUUUCCGGUCUGGUGGAUGACUAUGGCGUCCGACCCAAGCACCCCUGGCCACAAGGGCUGCGGCCCCUCCUCUCUCGAGCCCAGCAGCGUAAGCGAGAUGGGCCAGACAUGGCUGAGUAUUACGACACACACCUGUGA